CAAAGCCCUAGGACAAUUAUGGGCAUCUAUAUUGACCUCUGCCAAAUCUAGCAGCGGGCAAACGGCGAUCAUCUCCCCUGACUAUGAACUGAGUGGCUUGCCGCUCUUUGUUUAGCAGCCUCAAGCAAAGCCAGGCUACGACACAGACAUCUACAAGACCCGAUCCUCGAGCUUUCAGCCCCUGCAUGGCCUAAAAUGACCACAGCUGCUGGUCCCGCGGCUAGCUUUGCAACCAGCCUUGCCAGCAGGGUCGCUACGACCGCUAUAGCUUCAUCCAGCAUCACCAUGACGUCGCCGCCGGCGGCAUCCACCUGGGCGUCGAGCGAAGGUGAGAAUAACGGUAAAUGCGAACUAUUGGGACCGUUUUCUCUGUUUGUUCAAGCUGCCUUGGGAGCUUUGGCUAUUCUAGUAUUGGUUUACAAGAGAUGGAAGGAAAGGCCACAGAGACCGGUGAAGGUCUGGGCCUUUGAUGUAUCCAAGCAGGUCGUCGGGUCGGCUCUGCUUCAUCUGGCAAACCUGCUGGCCUCCAUGUUUUCAGCGGGCCAGAUACCAGUGACUGCUGCGUACGAACCAAACCCCUGCACGUAUUACCUUUUGAACCUAGGAAUCGACACUACCCUUGGUAUUCCUGUUCUUAUUCUCAUACUCCGUGUCCUCAAUCGUGCCGCCUUAUACACUCCUCUUGCAAACCCUCCCGAGUCUAUUGAGUCUGGCAACUACGGUGACCCUCCUAAUGCCAUAUGGUGGCUUAAGCAGUCGGUAAUAUACUUCUUCGGUUUAGUGGGCAUGAAAACAUGCGUCGUGGUCAUUAUACACAUGCUGCCAUUUAUUGUGGAACUGGGAGACUGGGCGUUGAGAUGGACGGAAGGCAAUACCGCUGUCCAAAUCAUUUUUGUGAUGCUCUUGUUCCCGGUGAUCAUGAAUGCCGUCCAGUACUACAUUAUCGAUAUAUUCAUCAAGAGAGCUAUCCCGGAGGAUCGGGGUCGCGAGGUUGACUCGCACAGCUUUGACACUACCUCUAUCGACGAAGACCGGCAUCAUCAAAGUGCCUUGCUCGCAGGGUUAGACGAUGACGAGGAGUCUGAUGAAGAAGAACCUGUGAUAUUCUCUGACGACGAGGCCGUGGCGAAACAGUCGCUUGGUACUAAUAGGCCAGGCCACGGCAGUCUGUCUCGCCAACGGUCAUAGCGCUGCCCGUUUUACUAUCUUAAAUUCUGUGAGAAGCAUCCUUGAGAAGCAGCACCGUUUCUUGGGUUUGUUGCCCGGAUAUCUUUUGUUGAUCUAUUUUGAUACAAACCCACUUGGCGUUGGGCGUGGAAGCGUAACAUGGAUGAUAACUUUAAACUUUGCCAGCGAUGUCUUUCUCCUGUCCGUUCCCCCUACUUCUGAAUAUCCCUCGAUCCCGGUUUCCUUUAACCUGCUCUGGAGUUCUUGUGCCUAUACAUGGUGAUGUUUUCUCGAUGCGCGGUGGCAUGCUCUACAUCUAACAUAAUAAUCUAAGGCUGUUUCUCCUGUCGUCUUUAGCAGC